CUGUUGUCUCCUUUUACCGUGUUGGUAACUGGUGGGUGGACUGGAUAGAUAAAAGCAACCCCACGGCGUACAGUGACAGCGGACUGAGCAGGCACUUGAGGGACGGCAGCAGUGGAGGAAAUACGAUGGUUCGCCAAAUAUUAUUAGUGCUGGUGGGCGUGGUGGUGGCAGCUGGCAUGCCCCUAGCUGAUGAUCCCAACAGCCAUGGGUUGGACUUUGUAUUGAGGAACUUGACAGCCUUAUGGGGGGAGGUGAAGGACCUGCGUCAAGAACUGGAUUACCACAUUCAUCAUGGUCUAAGUGACUCUCACCAAAACUUAAAUGAGAUUUUAUCAGAGGUGCAGACUCUUCAACAUGAACACCAUGUUCACCAUCUGCAACAUCCUCAUGAGGGACAUAAACAUAAUGAGGCUGCAUUACAGCAUUUAGAGACAUUCCAUGGACAUGCCCAUGGAGAUCAUGACCACCAUGGUGACGAUCACACUCAUGAACAUGGCGACGAUCACACUCAUGAACAUGGUGACGAUCACACUCAUAAACAUGGUCACCAUCACACUCAUGAACAUGGUGAUGAUCACACUCAUGAACAUGGUGACGAUCACACUCAUGAACAUGGUGAUGAUCACACUCAUGAACAUGGUGAUGAUCACACUCAUGAACAUGGUGAUGAUCACACUCAUGAACAUGGUGACGAUCACACUCAUGAACAUGGUCACCAUCAUACUCAUGAACAUGGUGACGAUCACACUCAUGAACAUGGUGACGAUCACACUCAUGAACAUGGUCACCAUCACACUCAUGACCAUAAGCAACACAGCAAAGGAGAUGACAAUGAUAGUGAAGAAAACAGUUUGGAGGAAGAGGGCAAGGUUCACUCUCAUGAUGAUGACCACCACCACCAUGAUGGUGAAGAUCACUCUCAUGAUGAUGACCACCACCAUGAUGGUGAAGAUCACUCUCAUGAUGAUGACCACCACCACCAUGAUGGUGAAGAUCACUCUCAUGAUGGUAAAAAUCACUCUCAUGGUGGUAAAGAUCACUCUCAUGAUGACCACCACCACCAAGAAUAUGAUACCCAUAAUUUCCAUGGGUUGAAUCCAAAUCCUCACCACCAUGAUUUUGGAGAUGGUCACUCCUAUGAAAGUGAUCACUAUACACAUGGUAAGGAGUGGGUCCAUGCCAGCUGCCAGCUGGAACCCAAUGUAGACCUGCCAGAGUCUCACGUGAGGGGCGCCAUUCAUAUUUCUCGACGGAAGGAUGGUUCAGGGCCCAUCUUCUAUGAUGUUAAUGUUGAAGGAUUUGAUGUAACCAAGAAUGGUCGUGUCUUUGGUUUCCAUGUCCAUGAGCAACCUACCCAGGAGCAACACUGUAAUGAUGUUGGUGGUGUUCUCAAGCCUCUUCCUGGUUUCCCUGGCGAGCACUUGGGAGCUGUAGGAGACCUGACUGUGGACAGUGAGGGGAAACUACGACAUGUAAUUAUUGCAAGUCUUGAUGAAGAUUUGAGUGGGGAGAAAAAUAUUGUUGGCUACCCUCUUGUGGUUCAUGAUCUUGGUCUGGGCGAUUCAUCCAGCAGCUUGUACAAUGGUCACUUGGCUUGCUGCAACAUCCACAUGGAGCCUGAACAGCACAGCCAUGCUUCAGGCCACUAAAUAGUCUCUCAAAUUAAUUCACUAAUGUACAUGUAACAACAUAAACUUGUUUAUUUUAGAGAUUUCUGUUGUCAAAAUUGUUUACCAAAUAUAUCAGCACCACUGAAAAGUA